AAAAAAAAUGUUUGUUUAACACAUAUGAGUGUUCGCUCCAGCUCCUCGUUUUUUUGUCCUUUUAAAUAGGCUAGGGCUUCCUGGAGACUCGACUUGGACUCCAAAGUGUAGCCUUGCCCUCAGGGUGUGAGCUAAGCAGUCCUUUUGUGGGAGCAGAGAGGUCCUGGGGUUCCCUGCCCUGGGCGGGCGGGUGCUAAGCGGUCCUCGGUAGGAGCAGAGUCUUGAGUUCCCUGUUAGGCCCAGGAAGCAUUCCACUUUUCUUCUCUGACAUGGGGAUCUGGCGAAGAUGUCCCAGGUGGCCUUGAACUCCUGGGAUGCAUGACCUAACUGCCUUGGCCUUCUGAGAAGAUGGGACUACUGGCUCUAACCACUGAUCCAGCUUUGCCCACUUUUUGAUGCAAGGCCUUCUGGGGGCUGCUGGAUGGGAGGGGUGAAUAAGAUGCCCACUCACUUGGCCCUGGCCUCAUGCCCAGCUCCUGUGGGAGGACACUUUCCCAGUGGCUGGUAACCUGGAGUGUGAGUGUGACUUUGGCAUGCUGUUCUUGGGGCUGUCUCCUACCCAGGCAGUUUGGUAGCACUCUGUCACCUCUGAUGACACCCCUCAGCCCAGGUGUGGGGGGCUUCUCCUCAAAUGGAGAAAAGCUCCAGGGUAGAGGGCUCACCUGGCACACAGGAAGCUCUGAGCUCCACCCCCAGCACCAUAUGAACUGAGUACGAUGGUGCAAGCCCGGCAUCCCAGCACUUGGGAAACAGAGGCCAGAGGAUCAAGUUCAUUCUUGGCUCCAGAGUGAUUUCAAGGCCAGCCUGGGCCGAGACUGGUGUGGCUGUAGGACACACUACUUUCCUUCCUUGCUGCUUUUGUGGAGGGAGUCACCUGGAUGACCCACUUGGCUUGAGCACCCCUGGAUCCUUACUCUCAAGCCCUUUCUCUCCCCAGAGACCAAACAAGUGGUUCCUGUCACCUCUCUGGGUACCCCUUAGACGCCAUCCCGCCCAGCCUGACCAAUGUCCACAGCCAGGGAACAGCCAAUCUUCAGCACCCGUGCGCAUGUGUUCCAGAUCGACCCCACUACCAAGAGGAACUGGAUCCCAGCCGGCAAGCACGCACUUACUGUGUCCUAUUUCUACGAUGCCACCCGAAAUGUGUACCGCAUCAUCAGCAUCGGGGGUGCCAAGGCUAUCAUCAACAGCACAGUCACCCCCAACAUGACCUUCACCAAAACCUCUCAGAAGUUCGGGCAGUGGGCCGACAGUCGAGCCAACACUGUCUAUGGCCUAGGCUUUGCCUCUGAACAGCAGCUGACCCAGUUUGCUGAGAAGUUUCAGGAGGUGAAGGAAGCUGCCAGGCUGGCUCGGGAGAAAUCCCAAGAUGGUGGAGAAUUCACUAGUCCUGCCCUGGCCCUUGCCUCCCACCAGGUUCCCCCGAGCCCCUUGGUCAGCGCCAACGGUCCAGGAGAGGAGAAGCUGUUCCGCAGCCAGAGUGCAGAUGCCCCUGGCCCCACCGAGCGGGAGCGGCUGAAGAAGAUGCUGUCAGAAGGCUCCGUGGGUGAGGUCCAGUGGGAGGCGGAGUUCUUCGCACUACAGGACAGCAACCAGAGGCUGGCAGGGGCCCUUCGCGAAGCCAACGCGGCCGCUGCACAAUGGAGGCAGCAGCUGGAGGCCCAGCGUGCAGAGGCUGAGCGCCUGCGGCAGCGGGUGGCGGAGCUGGAGGCCCAGGUGGCUGCAGAGCUGGUUCCAGCAGGCGAGAAGGAGGCAACCAGCCAGUCUGUGGAGCAACUGGAGGCUCAGGUGCAGACCAAGGACCAGGAGAUCCAGACUUUGAAGAGUCAGAGCGUGGGGACACGAGAAGCUCCUGACACCACUGAGCGGGAGGAGACACAGCAGAAGGUUCAGGAUCUGGAAACACGGAAUGCUGAACUGGAGCAGCAGCUGCGGGCAAUGGAGUGCAGCCUGGAGGAGGCGCGGGCGGAGCGCGAGCGCGCGCGGGCAGAGGUGGGCCGGGCCGCACAACUGCUGGACGUGCGGCUGUUUGAGCUGAGCGAGCUGCGAGAGGGCCUGGCGCGCCUGGCAGAGGCCGCACCCUAGUUGGCCCCGUGGGUCUGUGACCCCAAAGUGCCCUGGCAGGGAACCAGGGCUGCCUCUGAGCUUUGCACUAUGUAGAGUUUCCUAGAAUCCAUGGGUGACGCUGAUACCCAGAUUACGUUUCUACGCGGCUGUACAAGUGGGUGGCGUUGCGGCGCCUGCUGUCACUGGCUGCUGCCACCUUGUGUCCCAGGGAUGCGAGGGAGGGCCACAGUGGUCAUCCCCAUGGGGCAAGAGAGGCCUUGGGGACCAGAGACCCGCAGCCCUGCACCCACCCCGCCUCAUUCUCAAGUCGGACGGGCAGGUUCAGAGUGUUUACUGAGGUCCUCUGAGGCCCACCCCUCGGCCGGUGCUCCCUGCUUUCUGUCGCCGCUGAAGCGUCUGCCCCACCUUCUCCUUGAAACGGCGGUUCUGUUGCUUGAUCUUGGCCAGCUCCGCCUUGCGCUUAGCCUCCAGGUCGGGGUCCUGGGGAAAGGAGUGGGGGUGAGAAAGGAGCAGGGUAGCUUCCCAGGAAGCAGCUCCCAUCCCCAAACCCAGCACACCCUUACUGGCCACACCCCCACGCCUGGCCCUGCCCACCGAGCCCUCCCCACCCCUCGGUCCACCUUCCCCUCCAGAAUCAGCUGUUUCCGCUUGUUGAUCUCCUUCUUUUCAUCGAAAUGCGAGGCCUCCAGUUUCUAGCAGGAGAAAGUACAGAUCAGGACAGGCCCGCAGGGAGCCCCGCCCCACACACCCUACACAGAGGCCACACUCACGAUCUCGCACUCUCUGCGCACCACGUUGACCUGCGUGAGGAUGUUCAGGACCUCGGCCUCCUCCACCACCAGCUCCUCCAGCUGCUUCUCUGCAGAGCAGGGUGGGAAAACCAGACCACAGCACUAAGUGGGGCUGUGAGUGCCAUUGCCCUCUGUGCCCCCAGUUCUGGAUGUCUGCAUCCAACCAUAUGUGGACUGUGACAUUCAAAAAAAGCAAAAUUGUGCCUGUUAUCACAACACUGGGAAGGCAGAGG